AUGUACCCUGCAGCCCAUGAGGGUCUUGGUUCUCUGUCGUCAGACUCUCUCAGUCGCGCCCUCAAGCUUGUGAUGCUUCAUGGUUCCAAGGUAUGUGAACUGCGGAAGAGUUCGGCCAUGUUCAACUGUUCAACCCUGACUGAUCAUGUGAGACUUCCACGGCAAACUGGUGACGAAAAUUGCAGCACGCGUGCCUUCUCAAGCGCUGAGUUAGAACUGGCAGAACGGCUGUUUGCUUUGCGACCUGCCAUGAAGCUGCUGACGUUGGCGCUCACGGCUCUGGGAGUUCUCCAAUUGGGAGGAGCUUCCAACCUCGCAGUGGUCCGCGUGUUCUCGACCGAGGAGGAGCUGCAGCUGCUGUCUGGCAGUUUCCCUGCCUGGGAUGCCACGAUGCCGUGCGCGAGCAAGUCCAACACGAGCAUGAUCGAUCUCAUCCUGGUCUACAGCAAGGAUCUGGAGACCGACCCUAUGGCCAAGGGAUUGGUCUCUUCCCUUACCAGCGAUUUCGACCAGAAACAGUUCGCUUGGAUGAAUUGCUUCUCCAGCAUGAAGAACAUGUCGGCCAUGCUGAACCCAGAGCAGGACGUGUACGACAACCGCGGCUACACCACCAACAAGCACUGGGUGUCUGGUCCCAAUGCGGUCUUCUCAAAGAUCAUGACGGCCAUGCUUGAGGGUGAGUUCAUGGACAUGUACGACACCUUCUUCCUCAUGGAGAUGGACGCGGUUCCCAUCAAGAGCGGCUGGCUCGACCAGUUCGAGACGGAGGCUCUUGAGAUGCCGGGCGGGAACAUGGCCGUCCGCGGGAGUCAAUAUUUGGGUGACAAGUGGGACCUGUUCAAGUGGAUGAUGCCCACCUAUUUGGUGGAUCACAUCAACGGCAACGCCAUGUACAAUCUGAAGCACCCCUGGACGAAAGCUGUGUAUGACGCGUUCCACAGCAUGGGCGGCGGCAGCAUGAUGGAAGAGAUGGCCUUCGAUGUGGCUUUUGCCAUGAUCACAAUGGAUGCCAUGUCUGGAAGCAGCAGCCAGUUUGCGGCUGCCUGGACGGCCGCAAAUGGCAGCAGCCAGACCUACAACUGGGACUCUAUGCUGGUUGGCAACUAUGCCAACACCCUUCUGAACACCAGCUUCGAGUUCCCAACCUACAUCCGCCAUGGUUCCAGCAGGAACCUCUUCGACACCGUGAUGGAUGACGAAGUGACCCUGGGAGUUGCGAUGUUCGAUACCCAGGGGCACUUGAAGGAGACCGUGCCCACUCACCACCCCUUCAAGAAGAUCCUGGCCCUGACCUAUUACCCGCAGCCGGACAUGACCGAGACGAUCGAGGGCCCGAACGGUAACGUGACCAUGACGACAGCAACAGCCACGCGUGAUGCCUAUUUCCACCUCUGCGAGACAGCCUCUCUUGUAAACACGAAGUGGUUCGCCCUCACGGACAACUACCACAUCAUCAAGGCGCCCGUUAGCGUUCUGAUGGAAACCAGCGACAAGCCCGUGUUGCCCUACGUGCUGAGGAACUCAAAGUACUGCGGUGAGCGUCCCAACUGCGAGGCUUCCAUGGAGCAGGCAGAGACGCUGUUCAGCAUCACGCUGAACUACCACCACGACAAGUACGAGGUGCUGUACAAUACUGAGGAUGCCAAAAAGUUCUGCACGGCCUGGGAAACCGCAACAAGCUCCCAAUCAUGGAGCGAUUGCAGCCUGGCUUUUGGCCCAACCGGCGACGACUACAUCGCUUGGAAGAUCAGCGACCCGGAUUACAACAUCACCAACGAGUUCACUCCGAAGGACAAGACCCGCUACGGCUGGCGAGCGUGGACCAGCCUGUGGAACCCGGCCCCGGUCGACUCCCGCGACUGCAGCACAACCCUCUACGGCCCAAAGGAGUACCUGGAGACUCUCGGCAACAUCUCCAAGUGCGCGGUUAGCUAUGUCGAAAAUGAGGCGGGCUGUGCUGGUGACACCUCCUGCCAAUGGAAGCCCAUGUUCGAGUCGGGCGUUUGUGUUCAGGACCCGAGGAGCGUUACCACUUCAACAACGGUUGCUGGAAAUGUAUACAGCAGCAUCGAAGUCUCCAUGGAAAUGACGGUGGAGGAUCCGACCACGAUCACCGAGAAUGCCACCGUGACCAAUGCCAUGAUUGCCGGAUUCGCAGAGGUGAUGGAGGUGGAUGAAGAAGACGUGACGUUGGAGUUCCAGACGAACCGACGCCUUAGCUCCCAUGCAAGGAAGCUUCAGGUCACGCUGACGGCCAUUUUCACUGUGACUAUGCCCAGCCUUGAAGCAGCCAUCGAAAAGCAAGUGGCAAUUGAGACAGUCUCCUUGGCCAAGACGACCGAAGCCAUCAGCACGGCUGUCGCCAACACUGGCUUCACGGGCGCCGUGGAGGUCACCGGCAAGUCGACCGUUCGCGUCGCUGCCCCGACGACCACGACCACGACGACGACGACAACGACGACAACGACGACGGCGGACAACAUGACCGGCGACGAUGGCGACGAUGGCGAUGAUGGCGACGAUGGCGAUGACGGUGGUGAGCCGCCCAGCUCGGCAAUCGCCGGCACUGCCUCCGCUGCUGUGCUGGGACUCGCCGCGCUGCUCUUGGCCUGA